CAGGUGGCGGAUUUCGGGCUAAGUCGCAUCAAGGACCACGCACAGCUUAUCAACAGCCGCGCCGGACUGGAGGGCACGGUGGAGUACGCUGCACCCGAAGUCCUGCGGGGCGAGCCAUACACGGAAAAGUGCGACAUCUGGUCGUACGCCGUGUUGCUGUGGGAGAUCAUCCACCGCCAGCGGCCGUACGCGGACACCGACGUGCCCAUCUACAUCUUGAUGUAA